ACAUAGCACUAGCAAGCAUGUUAUGAAAACGGCAACUCACUGGACCGGACCGUUUAACUUUCUGCUGUAAUGUAGCUUCAUUUCUUUUCGCUUAACCGUUUCGUUUCGGCCAAAUGUUGCGCGGUGUAGGAAGAGCCAUGUGUUAUUUGGAGACAGGUGUUUGUAUGUUAGAGGGAUAAGGUAGGUUUCAGUUAGGUAACCUUAGCUAAUGUAAGCUAGCUAGUUUUUAUUUCUUGAGGGAGGCAGACUAUUGACCUUGCUGACAGCUUAGUCACAGUACAUUGUAAACUGUUUGCAUAUGUUAACCGACUGUACUGCAGAGAAAGUUAAGUGUAAGUAGUCACAUAAUUAUUAAUGCUAACUGAGUAAUAGUUGCCACUAUUUAAUUCAAUUUCCACAGUUUUGCGGCUUUGGCUCCACAUAGGAGCAAUGUUGAAAUAAAUUAGGACACCCGAGUGUUCGAGUGUCACCCUUUUAAAUUAUAAGAACAAUGUCUGUGUGGAUGACAGAGGAGGUCAUGAGGUGGGCUCUGCGCUUCUGCAGCCGCAGGUCGCAAUGGACACAGCGUAGUUUCCUGGUGACAGCUUCAAUCAAGGACACUUCUUUCCCCAAUCAGUUAACACAAAUUUUGGGCACAAGGCAAAGCCAGACAUGCCUGGCUAGGAGUUUUGUCAGUUCAGUGAGGUUUUAUUCACAAGUUAGGAUUCACACUGAGGGUCUGGAAGAGAAGGAGCCUCUCCCUUCUCCCCUGGCAGAUCCACCACUGCCAAAGAGCAGACAGAAAACCUCUGCUUUCUGUAAGAACCUGGAGCGCUGUGCCUCCCCGUCAGACGUUUUGGACCUCACCGUUCAGUACGCGGUCACAGUUCGACAGAUCAGCCCCUGCCUGAACCACAUGUGGUCCACCUGUAAGAGGAUGUCAGAUGAGCAGCAGCGGUAUGAGAUGCAGCUGAUGUUCGAGCAUCCUGCCUUCGACAAGCUGCUGCAAAAGGCCAUGAAAGUUGUGGGGCAGAUGCCCAACGAGGAUGUGACUUACUCUCUCCUGAGCAUGGUCAAGCUGGGCGUGCCUCAAAGUAGCCGUGUGGUCCAGACUUUUCUCCGUGCCUGCCAGGAGAAAAUGAAUGACAUGGAUGAGAAGAGUCUGUCCAUCUUGGCUGCCUGUCUGGAACACAUGGAGAGCUGCCCCAAUGUCAUUGCACUUAAGGAAGGCAUGAGGCUGGUAGUUGAGGCCCAUCUUCCCAGAAUCAAGAAAGUUGUGGCUCUGCAGACCAUGAUGCGUAUGCUGGGGAGGGAUGCUCCGCUGCCUCUCAGACAGAAACUACAGAGAAAGGCUUUAUCGAUGUCAGACCAGUUCAGCAUUCCCAACACCCAGCACAUGAUCUCCACUAUGGCCACAAUGGGCUUCUCCUCCAAACCACUGCUGGAUGUUUGUAGUAAGAAGAUCAUAGAGAACCUCCAUGCAGUCCCUUUCAACAGACUGUAUGCAGUGCUGUACUCGUGUAGAGACCUGCGCUACAGAAACUUAGAUCUGCUCACUGGAACUUCAGACUAUGUUGCAUCUAUACCAGACUUAUGGACCAACAAACAGGUGCUCCUCUUCCUGUCUUUGUUCGAGAGCCUGGCCUUCUGUCCCACGGCUUUAAUGGAGGUGUACACAGAGAAGGUGAUCACCAGCCCAGAAGCCCUGACGCUGAAAGACCUCCUCUGUAUCCUGAAGGUGUACUCCUCUCUUAACUACGAUCUGAAGCACCACAGACAACAGUUCCUGGAUAGUGUCACCAAGGCUCUGGACUCCUAUCUGCCCAAGAUGUCUGGGUUUAAGCUUUUGAGGUCCGUUUACUACCUGUGUCAACUGGGCCACUUCCCCUCUGCGCCACUAGAGCAGCUCCUGCAGAGUAGUACAAUGGAGCAGUUUAACAACACACCAACAGCGUUUCUUCCGAAGCAGGAGAGAAUGUUUCAGAUGGUGGACUUGUGCCUCCGCCUUGACCAUUCUCCUCUCCCCCGUCCCCUGACUAUCCCCCCAUCUGUGCUGGGAAACCCCAUACCCUGCAGUACGCCAGUCAACCCAUGGCUCUCGCAGUGCCUGCAGAGUAUACUGGCAGACCAGGCAGACACAAAGCUAGAGGAAAUGGUGAUGGUGGAGAACUUCUACUUCAUAGAUGGUGUGAUAACCAAACCUCUGCCAAACCAAACCCAUGUGCCUGAAGCAAGUACCUGUGAAGAAGAGCUGUCACCAGCAGAGAGCAGUCAAAGAAUUGCAGUAAUUUGCCCAUCAUACUCUGGUUUUUGCUACGGUACAUCCAAUCCUCGUGGUCAGUUAGCGGUCAAGAUUCGCCAUCUGAAGCUGUUGGGAUAUGACCCCGUCCUGGUGUCGCAGCAUGAGCUGCACUCUGUGUCUGAGGAGAAGAGGAUGGAGUUCCUCAGGGGACAGAUUUUCCCAGAACACCACAGACCAGAGACACAACCUGAAGUGGAGCAACUAUGUUCUUGAAGACAGACAUCAGUGUUAAAUGGAUGCAAUCCCCAUGGACACACAUUUAUUGUUUUGCAAACCAUUAAGAAAAAAAUAUAUAAUAAUGUAUAAAAAAUUAAUGUGAUUCUUGGCUAAUUUCCAUAUUAUGGGUCAUUUAACCCUCUGUUAGGUUUAUUUUAUUUAGGUGAUUGCAGUGAUCCUCUAAAAUUAUUUUUAAUAUCAGGUUGCACAUAUUUUUUGUUGCUAGUUGUAGAUUUGAAAAAAAAUAAACCUGUACAUUUAGUAAGAAAGUAGGACAGUUUGUUUACCACAAGCAUGACAAAAACCUUGAAUUUUGCUUCUGCAAGAUUUAAAAAGCCACACUCUGAUGAACACAAUAUAUGUAAUUUUUCUUAGGCACCAAUAAAGCUUGUAUGCAGUC